UACCUUGUAUUUUGUUAUGGUUGUGAACUAUGAAUUAUGAAAGUAAGAAAGAUCGGCCGUGUGCUGAUGGCAGGGAAGCUAGAAUCUGGUAUUUGUACGUUGGUGAUGUGGACGCUAGACUCUCAAACUACAAAGGAACCCUCCUGAAGAUCCUUGAGGAGCGAUCUGUUCGGACGGUGUAUGAUUGUGCUUGUGGAACUGGGAUUGACAGUGUGAUGUUGCUAGAGGAGGGGUACAAGGUGGUCAGUACUGAUGCAUUGGAUGUUUUCUUGGAGAAAGCCCAAGAGAUGAAACAGAAGCGAGAAGAGCUAGCUGAUUGGCAGAUCGGAGUAGGAGACUGGCUAGAUCUGAAGUCAGCUGAGGUGGAUCACCCAGCCUUGGGGUAUGAUGCCAUUAUUUGUAUUGGUAACUCCUUUUGUGCACUUCCCGACUUCGAAGGAGGGAGCAAUACACACCUAAAAGCUCUUCAAAACUUCAAGGAUUUGUUGAAGAAGGGUGGGAUAUUAAUUAUUGAUCACCGGAACUAUGAUUACAUUUUAGUUCAUAAAACGUUUCCUCCAAAAUCACAUGGGAGUAUUUACUACAAUUCAAACAGAGUAUUCAAUAUCAAAGCAGAUCUAGUCGAGGAUGAAGAUAUAUCAAUAAUCUUCAGAUCGGAUAUGGACGUAUCUGGCACUGAGCUGGAGGGGGACUCAGAUAUUAAGUUGAAGGAAAGAGAUGGGAAGAUGGUUCCUACAUUAGAGUUGAAUAACAUCCCCAUGUACCCUCACACUCUUAAAGGGUUUACUGCCUUGCUUAAAACAGCUUUUGGAGAGGAAGCUGAGCAUCGGCUGCUGCCAGAUUUCAGGGAGAAUGAACAGGAGGACUUUGUGCCUAACUAUUGGGUUCACGUCAUUGUGAAUGAACAGUGAGGUGAUUGUUGCUUUAUUUUUCCAGUAUUGUUAUUUUGAAGAAAACAAUUUUCGGAGUUUUUUAUUUUAUUUUAAAUAUGAAAAUUUACCAAAAUCCCCACUAGUAACCGAUCUGGUAUUAUUUCCAUCUAUUCAACUUCUACCCGAUACCAUCUCUCAUCCAAAUGUUCUCUCUGUUACUGUUGAACGAUUAUGCAUUGCUGACACACUCAUUUAUUUUCUUUCGUGACAAAUCAUAA